AUGCGCUUCUGGUGGCCGGAUUGGCAGCCUCGAGAGCGCUCUCUAUCUAGCGAUAGUGAGUGCUCCACGGACAGCCAUUCCAGUCUCGCCAGCGAUGCGUCGUUUUACGACGCGUCGCCUGAUGACGAAACUGGAGUGGGACACGACGAAAUGCCCCCUCUCCCAGAUGACACGCAACUGGUCACUGGGGAACAGGCGGGGCAGUCUGAUUUAAGACUGUUCCCAGAAAGUUCGUCACCCUUCUUUGCGGAACGGGUGGGACGAAACUGCCUGGGAACGGUCGCCGUCGGACAAGGGGUAGGGGUACACACUGGUACCUCCAAUAAUUCCCUUCCGGGGCCCCAAAAUGGGCCCCGAGUGCGUCUACGCGCGCCAUCGCCUCGCGGUGAUGACACGGAGUUAGGCGCCGCAACUUCGGGCACGGGUUCGGAUCCCGCAUAG